CCGCUGAGAACCACACAACAGAAGAAGAAGAAGGAGAAGAAGUCAGACAGCGCUUGUGGAGUUUAGUGGCACAAGCUGGAAUUUUCACAUAAGAAAUGAUGGCGGAUUACAAGCACAACAGAAGAGGUGGCACCGAAGACGGAGCAGGGCCGCAGGAGGAGGGGGGCAGAGUGAAAACUAAGCCUGUCUCUUGUAGCACUGUGGGAGGAGAAGGGACCGCCGUCAAACGCACAUCCGAGCAUCUCACACCUGAAGAUGAGGACGAGUCCUCAGAGGACCCUCCGGCACCCAGCAAAGUCUCCAAGAUAGGCUUUAGCAUGAGCAGUCAGAUCGGGAAGAAGUCCAUCCCCAUAUCCAUCAAACUUGGAGCAACAAAACCCAAAGAACCUGCACCGUCAGUUCCUCCAAAGAAAUCUGGGCUGGCGUCUGUUUUUAAUGAAGACGAAGACGAUAGUGAACCUGAGGAGAUGCCCCCAGAAGCAAAGAUGAGGAUGAAGAACAUUGGCAGAGAGACACCAACAUCUGCGGGACCUAAUUCCUUUAACAAGGGCAAGCAGGGUUUCUCUGAUCAUCAAAAACUUUGGGAGAGGAAGAUGAAGUCCCAAUCCGACAAGCUGUAAAUGAGUACCACAGUAUUGACCAAUGGAGGAUUAAAUAUGGUUUAAACCAUGUCUCAGACAUUUACGAAGGCUCAAUUGAUUCUUCACUGUACCCUGUUUUGACAACUUCUCAGCAAUGUGGACAUGUAAUGAGAAAUACUUUUAGCUUUCUAUAAUUAGUGACUGAACUUAAGUUUACGUUUCUAACCACUACUGGCUGAUGCUAGCUGAGGGGCGAAGUACUAGUGUGCCAACCCUCUUAGAUGAGAGGGGCAUACUGGGGGGCUAGAGAAAUGGGACAAAGAGAAUAUCCCAACUAUUGUUUAAACUGUGUAGAAUUAUACGGUGGUUUUCAGCUGGAAAGGGAAAAAUAAAUCUGCAGUCCUUAUUCCCUUUUGUGACAUGCUUGUUCCCUUCUGCAGCCAGUUGGGCGUGGUCCUCAGCAAGUGUCGCUCAUCAAAUAUUUGUAUAAAAACGUACAUAGAACUGUUUCAUUUUUAAAUGUACAUUUUAAGCAUUGUGUUAUCGCACGCUAAUGUCUUAGACUCAGCGUACCGAUUGUUGAUUGAUUGUUUUGUGUUUCAGUUAGUUUCUCAACAUUAAUGUGCAGCCCUUUUAUUUUCACCAGCUGUGCCCCCAUGGGCAGUUUGUUUAGUGUGAGCUUUGUGCCGGUAUCUCUGGAUUGGCUUGUUCAAUACUCUAAGUUUGCUUUACAGAGUGUAAUUUGUUUGAUGUUUACCAUGAAAAGACUGCUAAUGUUUUUUAGUCAGCAACUGUGUGGAGUCAUGCUGUUACAAGGGUGCUGGCAACAUAUUUAAGGGACGGUUCACUCCAAAAUACAAAUUGGUAUAUAUUCUUCCUCUCACAUGUAGUGCUAAUAAUCAAUCUAGGUUGUUUUGACGUACCUAGUUUUGGAGAAAGUUCCUGUAGAAUUGUCUGUCUGCUUUCUAAUGUAACAUGACUCUACGGCACAACCUUUUGGUGGUCAAAGCGUUGUUUUUUUUUUUAAACUCACAUAUAUAUUUUUGCCACUUAUGGGUACCAUAUAGUUAUUUCUAAGCUGGCAGACCUCUCUACGGCUGAUAUCCUCUCCACUUGGCAACCUGCGCUUAAACAAAAUAGAUUGAAAAGCAGUACGGGUAAAACAACUCUUAUGUUUUGGUUUUGGGGUUAGGUGUCUGUAUUGUUGGGUUACAAUGUAGCUCAGCAAUAAUUAGGCAAUAAAAAGUCUUCAUUGCCACUUUAACAUCAGAAAACCAAAGCAUUUGAAAUAUAAUGCCAGUUCCAAUACAUGUUGUUUCUUCUCUUGUGCCUGACUUGUAAAUUCCCGUAAUCUAAAAUAUAAUCUCCUUGGUGGGUUAUCUGACUGUUGUGCUUUCACAAAGGAACCUGGGUCUUGUUUCAUCAAACAACCCUCCAUUGCGCAUUUAUACAUCAGUGUUGAAUGAUUGUGUCAAAUAUUUAUUGUUGACAUGUCUGCAUGAAAUUCAAUAACAAAGUUCCAUAGCAUACACUUUCUCUAUGUAACCUUACACAUACACCCACGUUUUAAGCCCCCCCCCCCCCCCUUAAUAGCAUCCACCCUUUUGGAGAGGGAUUUAUCAAGGUAUUUGUAGACAUCCUUUAGCAAAUAUUUUUGUUUUUAAUGCUUGUAGAGUUGAUCAUUGAUGUAUUUGCACUGUUUAACUGAAAGUUGUUUUGGUUGAGAUGGAAAUAAAGACCAGACCACAUAGGGCCCUGA